AUGGCUACUAUCAAAGUUGCAAUCGUCACUGGUGGUGCAUCAGGCAUGGGCCUGGCCACUGCCAAGUCUCUAUCCAAAUCAGGUUGGAAAGUCCAUAUCCUGGAUCUCAACAAUUCUGCCGGCGCAACAGCUGUUCAAGAAAUCCCAGAGUUGAUCUUCACUCAAACUGAUGUGAACAAGUACGAGUCCUUGUCCUCUGCUUUUGACAAGAUCUUCAAGUCCGAGGACAGACUAGAUUUCGUCUUCGCAAAUGCUGGCAUUCUUCAGUUAGAGAACUUUUAUGAGAAAGCAACCUCUCUCCCUCCCCCGGAACCGCGCCAGAUGAGCAUCGAUAUCAACUUGAAAGCUGUCAUCGCGACAUCUUACCUUGCCCGGCAAUAUUUCCUAGCUCCGAGCAAUCCCUGUCAGGAUCCUAUCCUGGUGAUAACAGCCAGUAUUGCAAGUUUUUACGCCCAAGAGUUCAAUCCGUUGUACACUGCUUCGAAAUUCGGCGUACUUGGAUUCAUGCGCUCAGUCGCUUAUCCGUUCUUGAACGACGGCAUUCGGAUACAUGCCAUCUGCCCAGGGACGAUUCGCACAAACUUGAUCAAAAAGCAAAUGAUGGAUUCGUUUCCUGACGAACAUCUGACGCCCGUGGAAGCUGUAGUUUCUACUGUUGAAACUCUCAUCAAGGGUGGAAACAUAAAAGACUCGAACGGAAAGGAGGUGACCAAGAAUGAGAAUUUUGGUCUGGCUGUGGAGAUCUUUGGUCAGAGUAUCUUUUUCAGGGAUCAAGUAGAGUAUAGUAAUAAUGGGUUGAGAGAGCUAUGCGAAGCUGCGAGCUUGAAGAACCAGAAGGCUAAUUUAUAUAGCAAGAUUUAG